UAGGAGGUGUUUUAGCUCACCUCUCAAGCUCUUACUCAUUCUGUCUCUUUAUCUUCUUUCCAGUUCUCCUUAGCCUUCAUUUACUUCUUGUUCUCUCGUCCCACUGUAUCAUCAGAGAAAGCAGCCAUGAAUCAGAAGGUUGUACUGAUCACUGGUUGUUCUUCUGGCAUUGGAUUGGCACUUGCUGUUCGUCUUGCCAAAGAUGAGAAAAAGAGGUUUAUGGUGUAUGCGACUAUGAGGAACCUGGCUAAACGUGAAGCUCUGGAGAAGGCAGCAGGUCGUACUUUGGGGAGCACACUGGAGAUCAAGCAGCUCGACGUCUGUGAUGAGAAUUCUAUCAAAGCCUGUGUGGACAGCCUGCCCAUGCGCAGAGUUGACAUUCUCGUUAGAAAUGCUGAAAUGGGAAUGAUUGGCCCCAUUGAGUGUCAGACCAUUGAUGAGAUGAAAUCUGUCAUGGACACUAACUUCUUUGGGCUUGUGCGACUCUUGAAGGAGAUUCUGCCUGAUAUGAAGAAGAGAAAAAGUGGUCACAUAGUGGUAAUCAGCAGUGUUAUGGGGAUUCAGGGUAUAUUGUUUAAUGACAUUUAUGCUGCUUCCAAGUUCGCUGUUGAAGGGUUCUGUGAGAGUCUGGCAGUUCAAGCUCUGAGAUUCAAUCUGAAUAUCAGCCUCAUUGAACCAGGACCCGUCAUCACAGAGUUUGAUAAUAAGGUGUAUGAGGAAGGCUUGAAGAUAGACCUCUCCAAAGCUGAUAAAGUGACAGCAGAUAUGUUUACCAACAUCUACUUAAAGAAUUACAACCAGAUAUUCCAGAGUCUUGGACAAACUCCAGAGGAUGUUGCAGAGCACACAUUCAAAAUGAUUACCAUGGUCAACCCACCAUUUCGCCAUCAGACUAACCUUCUGUACACACCCAUGACCACCCUAAAAAAUGCGGAUCCAAACCGUGACCUUCCCAUUGAAACCUUCUACAAAAUGGUGUUUGAACAUGACAAGGUGUUCAAAGCAAGUCUCAAUUUCCUCAAGCUCCUGUGCUGGAGAAUCCGUAACAGCUUUUCUUUGGAUAAAGACAAGAAUGCCUCUUAAAGAAUAUUCUGCUGGAGACCUGGGGGUAUUCCAGAAAACAAUUUAUUUAAGCAAUUUAACUGGGUAAAUUUACCCAAAGUAAAUGGACAACCUCAACUUUCGGUUCCUAAAACUGAGGAAAUGUCAUAGUAUGUAAGUAGCCAUAGAGCAAAUUACUCUCUAAACAUAACUUGCUCUGGAGCAGGAUAUGUUCCAGGGUUGGUUUACUUCAGAUAAAUGCCUCUCAGCCUCAUAGAUAUUCAGCGAAUUCUUGCCUUUUUGUUGAGGCUCCAGUGGGUGUGACAGCAAAGAUAAAGCAUGAUAUUCUAAUUUUAAGGCAUUAUAAUACUAAAUAUUUCUAUAUAAUAUAAUUUAUUAAUAAAAAAUACAACUAACGUACACAUGAGAUACAUCACACCUUAUCACCAAUAUGGAAGUAAAAUAGCUAUACCUAAAAAAUCUAUAUACAUACUGUAUAUGGCAGGAAAUGUCUGGUUGUGCUCCUUGAGGGCUACUGUCCUGCAAUUUAGUGCCAACACAUCUCCCAAGAAAUUUCUAGUGAUCCUGAGGACCUUUAUUAGCUGGUGCAGAUGUGUUUAAGGCUGUUUUUUAAAGGAUGUCAGUGGAGGAAAGGCUUCCAUAUGCUGAAUAAACUGCUUUUGUGAGGAAACCUAUUGACUAAUCUUCAAGAUGUUUACCAAUAAACAUUCAUUUUGGAUUUGUAUCUAUUUUUUUUAGAACAAAAAGUCACAGACUAUUUUACAACAGACUCUAUAGUCUGUUCUCCAAUCCCUGCUUCAGGAGAGCUAUCAUCCUGGGGUGCAUUUCCGAAAGGCAGCUACGGUCACAGGGGUCAACAGAACUAUAGCUGGGAAAUUAUACUUUUGGGAAACACACCCCUGCAGACUUCAGUUACAAUUAUCACUUAACCCUGAACACCUUGAUUAGCCGGUUCAGGUGUGUUUAAUUGGGGUUGGAGCUGAACUCUGUAGCUCUCUAGGAGCUGAGUUGCAAAUGGUAGAGAUGCAGAGGUUGGUAUCUCCUCAAAAUAAAAGGAAUAUCUCUGGCUAAACUCUGCUGGAUGUUAGUCCUCCAGGAGCAGGAUGGGACACCCCUGAACAUAAUACAGCCAUAAUAUCUUUGCAUAAUAAUAUCUUUAUUUAGCAUCAGUUCUGCAUAACUGAAGUACUGUAGCCUACCAAGAAAGAAAAAAAUAAAAAAUAUUUGUUUAAAAAUAGACUGCAUAAUAGGUACCGAUAUGUGCUUCUUCUUAGCAUUUGUUUUCAUGGAGUUUGUUUCAUGGAUUCGACGCUCUGUUGAGAAUAUAUUUGUGUUCAUAAAGUCUGAAUUUUAACAAAAACACCAGGCAUCAUACACUUGUUGGCUUUUAAAUGGUUACAUGAUUACCUGAGCAUCAUACACUAAAUAACUGAGCAUUUUUAAAGUGUGCCUCAUUA